AUGGCAACAAACGAAGCUUCUCGGUUGUCACCUGAGGAUAUGGAGAUUUUUUACAAACGUAAGGCGCAAUCAAUUUAUGCACAAGCGCAAUCAAUUGAACGGGCAAUCGAAGGCGAAAAAAUUAAUCCAUUCACCGAAGUAGAUUUAAAGGUACGGUUGGAGUGCCUCGAACAUAUUUCCAGCACGUUUAACUUGGCUCAUGACAGCUUAGAGGAGCUCAAUUUUGACGAAAUCGGCGGAGCACUGCGUUCAAAUUUCGAAGAGCUACUCCUUUUACUUCGGUGUCGUAUACGGCGUGAGAUUCAUAAACGUCAAUCUCAAAUGCCAUCCUGUUCAACCAUGCGGCACGAUCCGGUUUUGGAAGGGCAAACAGUUGUUUUGCAAAGUCGACCACGUUUGCCUGAGCUCAGACUGCCUAAAUUCAGUGGAGGAUAUACGGAAUACACAGAUUUCUUUUCCUUGUUUUCAACCGUUAUAGACAAGGAUCCGGACCUCACGGAUGUCGAGAAGUUGCAGCACCUACGUUCAAAUCUGAAGGGUCCAGCUCUGGAUGCAAUUCGUUCGUUGGAGAUGAGUGGCAACAACUACUCUGUGGCUCUAGAUUUGCUUAACAAAAGAUUCAAUAAUAAGCGUCUUAUUUUUCAGGCACACAUCACUGAGAUUAUGGGCAUCAAAAAGGUAGACACUUCUUCAGCGGUGAAGCUUCGUGAAUUAUCCGACAAGGUAAAUGCAAACCUGCGCGCCCUACGCACCAUGGGGAAUUCGGAGCAAAUAGCGGGGUGUAUAAUCGUACACACUCUUCUGCAAAAAGUCGACAGUAUCACGCAGGCAAAUUGGGAGGAAGCUGCGCCGUUAGAUCUCAUACCCUCAUGGGAGCAGUUUACAAGUUUCCUGGAGAAGCGUUGUCAAAGGCUGGAGAAUGUAGAACAUUCCAUGGCAGCGUAUACUCGUGGCUCUCAGGAGGUCAAAAGGCUUGCUUUGUGUUUAAACUGCCUCAGAAAAGGCCAUCAGCUUCGAACGUGCAAUGCUGGUCUAUGUCGUACGUGUGGAUCCAAGCACCACAGUCUGCUACAUAUCGACUCCUCUUCUUCACUAAUGUCGUCACAAGGUCCUGCAUCUUCAGUGCAAGCAUCCUCCCAAUUAGCACCUCCAAACACCUCUAAGCUUGUUUCAACUUCAGUCGCACACCACACCUUGGCUGCAAUCUCACGAACAACGUCAAUUGUCACAUCUGCUCAGAAUCUCAGUCCUGAUGUUGUGCUUCUAGCCACUGCUGUCAUCAACGUUAAGAACAGCGCAGGUACAUGGGUACCAUGUCGUGCACUGCUCGACUCAGGGUCGCAGUUGCAUAUUAUUACGUCUCGUCUUGCUCAUCAACUGCAGUUGCGAAAAACCAAGUCAUCCACCUACGUAUCGGGUCUUGGUAAUGCAAACUUCGCCUCUGAUGGUUUGACUGUCAAUAUUAAUAUUCAGUCUCAAAACUCAGAGUACUCUACCUGCAUUACAGCGUUGGUUGCUCCUAACAUAACGGACAAUCAACCCUCUUUUACUUUGGAUAUUUCUAAAUGGAAAAUACCGUCGAACAUUUGCUUAGCAGAUCGAGGUUUUUUCAAGUCGCAACGAAUAGACAUGCUUAUUGGAGCCAGCCUCUUCUAUGAUCUCUUAUGCAUUGGACAAAUAAAGUUAGCUCACGGUCUACCGUGCCUACAGAAAACUAGGUUAGGAUGGGUUGUAACAGGUGGUGAAUCGCACCGGCAAAGGGGAGCGAUAUUGGCCGCACAGUCAUCACUUGACAUAGGUUACGAAUCCAAUGUUCAAAUCGAUCAACUAGUUCGUAGAUUUUGGGAGGUUGAAAGUUGCUGUGAAUCUGUCGCCACAUACUCCAAGGAAGAGUUCGACUGCGAGGCGCAUUUUAAGGCCAAUUAUAUGCGCUUGUCUACAGGGAACUAUUCGGUCCGGCUACCAGCAAAAUUUAAUAUUGAUCUCUUGGGUGACUCUUAUCAACAAGCGUUUCGUCGUUUUCUUAAUCUAGAGCGAAAAUUGGAGCGCCACCCACAGCGGAAGGCCCAAUAUGCAGCAUUCAUACGGGAGUAUUUGAAUCUAAAACAUAUGUCACUGGUUACUAAGAACAAUCUGCGGUAUUGCAAAUACUUUCUGCCACAUCACUGUGUUUUGAAGGAAGAGAGCACAAGUACAAAACUCCGCGUUGUAUUCGAUGGCUCUGCGGCUUCAUCUUCUGGAUACUCGUUGAACGACUUGCUUAUGACAGGACCCACUAUACAACCUAAGCUGUUCAACACAUUGCUUCGGUUUAGAACCUUUCCAAUCGCUUUGACGGGUGACAUAUGUAAGAUGUAUCGUUGUGUACGAGUCUCAGAGCCCGAUAGUUAUCUGCAGUGCAUCUUGUGGCGUGACUCCCCACAGCAGCCGGUCAACGUCUUUAAACUUGACACAGUCACUUAUGGUACAAGACCAGCUUCAUUCCUCUCAAUUCGUUCGAUGCACCAGUUAGCCAUUGAUGAACAAACUGUCUACCCCAUAGGCUCAAAAAUAUUAAAGCGCGAUUUUUAUGUCGAUGAUCUUAUUACAGGCGGUGAGUCCAUUCAAGAAGUCAAGGAAAUUAUGAGUCAAACUACAAAGCUGCUGGCAAAAGGAGGAUUCAAGUUGAGAAAGUGGUGCUCCAAUAAUCCUGAAUUGUUGCAGACGAUACCACCUGAUGAUCGAGAAACACUACUUAAGUUCGACGAUGGAAGCGAUAUAACUAAAACACUCGGUUUAACUUGGGAUCCUGCAUCAGAUUGCCUAUUGUUCGCGUUCUCACCAAUGCAGCAUUCAUCAAAACAUUGCAAGCGGUCCAUUUUGUCAACUAUUGCUCGUUUUUAUGACCCACUCGGUCUCAUCGGCCCUAUUAUUUCAAAGGCCAAAAUCUUUCUUCAACAAAUCUGGAAAGAAAGGCUUGACUGGGAUGAAAGUUUGCCUUCAUCACUACAUUCAUCGUGGCUUAGUUUGUGUGCAGAUUUUGGCCGCAUACCGCAAAUAAAGUUUCCCCGUUUGUCAAUCCAGCAGAAUGGCGCCUAUGAAAUUCAUGGUUUUAGUGACGCCAGCAUCGAAGCAUACGGAGCUUGUCUUUACGUCGUGUCAGUCAGUCAAGGAAGAAACCAGGCGCAACUGCUAUGUUCAAAAUCUCGUGUAGCGCCCUUAAAAACUCUUACGGUUCCAAGGCUGGAGUUGUGCGGUGCCUCCCUGUUGGCGCAACACAUGCAUGAAAUAGCUCAAAUGAAACUUUUCUCGUGUCGAUAUUAUUGUUGGUCUGAUUCGGCGGUGGUGUUAUCCUGGAUCCGUGACGAACCUUCAAGAUUUCAAAUCUUUACAGCUAAUCGCAUAGCCACUAUACAGGAGUUGACUGCGGUUAUGGAAUGGCGCUACGUGCCUACGAAGUUUAACCCAGCUGAUAUUUUAUCCAGAGGUGCAACCUCUAACGACCUCAUUAACUCAUCUCUAUGGCUGCAUGGACCUGAUUUUUUAGCUCAAGAUAAAAACAAUUGGCCAAAGCCUUGCAGUCAAGUCAGUCAACUCCCAGAAAUGCGCAAAAGGGUGUUAUUUGCGACAUCUGAGUACGUCGACAUAACACUCAGGUGUAAAUUCAUAAAUUCAUUUGAAAAAUUACAGCAUGUCUUUGGUUACAUUUAUAAGGUCCAAAAUCGCUUGCGGCUUUCUGGAUUAACUGUUGAUUGCAUACGCCGUGGCAUAAAACUACUCCUGCGCACCAUUCAAAGGCUUCACUUCAAAGAGGAUCUCAAAUUCCUUCAAGCCGGUCAAGUUGUGAAGGCAUCUAGUUGCAUUGCGUCGCUCUCACCGUUCAUCGAUAGUUGUGGAUUGCUUCGUGUGGGUGGACGACUGAAAAAUUCAGCUCUCGACUUCGAGGCGCAGCAUCCAGUCAUACUGCCGAGGCGUCAUCCUGUCACUCAGGCAAUCAUUAUGCAUUUUCAUAGGCGCAAUUUGCACGCGGGUCCUCGUUCCCUACUAGCAUACAUUCGGCUGCAGUAUUGGCCUAUUGGCGGACGAAAAACUGUUUCGAACGUUGUAAGCAAAUGCACUCUAUGCUUUCGAGCUAAACCGCACUUAGCGGAACAUAUUAUGGCUGAUCUUCCGGAAGAUAGGGUAAACUCAUCUUAUGCAUUUAUGGUCACAGGCGUCGAUUAUUGUGGACCAUUCCAUUAUAAAAACGAAAUACGCAACAAGCAACCCAUAAAAUGUUACAUUUGCAUAUUCAUAUGUUUUGACACGAAAGCUGUGCACUUGGAGCUCGUAGCAGACUUAUCAACGAAGGCAUUCUUAAAUGCACUAAAGCGGUUCAUCCUAACGCGUUGUCGCCCCACUCGUAUAUGGUCGGACAACGCAACCAACUUUGUUGGCGCUAAGAAUGAGAUGGCAGAAUUAAAACGUUUAUUCCUGAGCGAUAAUCAUGUGCAAGCAGUUCAUGAAUUUUGUCUAGCCAAUACCAUAGAAUGGCAUUUCAUUCCACCUCGCUCUCCACACUUUGAGAAUCCGGCUGAUUUAGACGUUCUAACUCCAGCUCACUUCAUUGGCACUGCUCCUAUCUCUACUUACGUUGAACCAGAUGUCACGAAGAUUAACUUUAAUCGUUUGGAUCAAUGGCAGCGCGUAUCAUACUACCAGCAGAUAUUUUGGGCACGUUGGCGUGAGGAGUAUUUAACUACCUUGCAGCAGCGCUCAAAGUGGCGCACACAGAAUUUCGAACUCUGCGUCAACGACAUAGUUUUAGUAAAAGACGAAAAUCUGCCUCCUCUCAAGUGGCCCCUAGCAAGAGUCACCGAACUAAUAUACGGAUCAGAUCGUGUGGCACGUGUCGCUGUACUAAAAACUGCAAAUGGAGUCAUCCGAAGAGCCAUCCGAAAGCUAUGCCCAUUGCCAAGACAGGAUGAGGUUGAAAGCCCGAGUCUUCCAACGGGGGGAGGAUGUUUGGUUAUGCAGAAAGCAGCGCAGUCAGCGCAGUCAGCGCAACCAUCAUAA